AUGGCCUCCCGCAUCCAGAUCCCGAUCGAAAUGCUGACGUCGCGGCUCCAGCUUGGAGACCGCUUCAACAGCGUGCGGUCGACGUCGCUGGCCACGCGCUUCUCGAACCUGCGUCCGCUGUCUGAAUUCUUCGAUGUCAAGCGCCUGUCGAAGCCUCAGAACUUUGCCGAUAUGCAGUCCCGCGUCAACUACAACCUGGGCUACUUCUCCAGCAACUACGCUGUCGUUUUUGUCAUGCUCUGCAUCUACACCCUGCUCACCAACUGGUGGCUGCUGUUCGACAUUGUCUUUGUUGCCGCCGGCAUGUUCCUCAUUGGCAAGCUCGACGGCCGCGAUCUCGAGAUUGGCACCAUGCGCGCCACCACCUCGCAGCUGUACACCGGUCUCUACAUCAUUGCCAUCCCUGUCGGUCUCAUCUCGUCGCCCUUUACUACCGUCGCCUGGCUCGUCGGUGCCAGCGGUGUUGUCAUCAUUGGCCACGCGUCGAUGAUGGAUAAGCCCAUCGAUGAGGCUUUUUCUGGGGAGCGAGGCGCCCGGUCAGGCAGGGUCAGGGGGCAAGAUGCGUGGAACUUGGCUGUCGGCGGUGGAGGCAGUCGGGUUGUCGAAGAAUUGAGCAGCAGUAGUGGGGGGAGUGGUGCAGAUGCGGAGUAUCUGCGCCGGUAUGGUGCUUCGAGCUCGUCUUGGGGUGGGACGGCCCGGGAAUUAGGAGGCGAGGCCGGCGCGUUGCAGCCUCGCAGGAGAUAUAUUCGUUCGAGAGCUGCCGACGAGGACUCCGACGACCAGGAUUCGGCUACCGAUUCGUCGUCGGGAGAUGACUCGGAGGACGGCGUGAGCGAACCAGGGGAGGAAGAGAGAGCAGUUUUGGAUUCGGCCCUGUCUCGGAUACGGCGUGCGCAGGCUAAAGACAAAGCGCAAGUCAAACUGAGCAGGGUCGAGCUUGCUGCCCUUGGUCGACACAGAGAGAGAGAAGCACGGGCGCUGGCGCGCCGUCAACGACGAAAAGAACGCACAGACAGAGUGGCGGUGCCAAUCGAGCACCUGGAAUCCAUGUCGCGCAGCCUCACCAAGCUACCGACACCCGGAAAUUCGGGGGACGACAACACCUCACCGCAGCGGGUGCCUGGCUCGUUCCAGUUGGAGGAUCGCCAAGGUUACCCUCCAAUCGGCUAUUUCCCGCCGCCAAGCGCAUCGUCUCGGGCUCUGCCUUCGUCCAGCUCACAGCCAGUACUCGGCAGCAACAGCAGGGACGGAGCAGACCACAACCGCAGCGACUCGCCAUUUACCUAUUCGUACCUGCGUGGACCAUCUACGGCCCGCCACGUAUCGGACCCGGCAACAACUGCGAAUCACGUUGAUCCCUUUCAAUACAUGACUGCGGGUCCGCGAGCGCCUACGUAUACUGCUGGCGCUGCGGCCGUGGCUGAGCGAGGAGCAUAUCCUCGUGGAUCAACAGCAGGCCCUGCUGCAGCCAGGGGCCGCAAGGGGCCGGCGAGGCACGAUACCGAGUCAAGCGAGGACGACGACGAGGACGACGACGACGACGACAGCACGGCGAGUGACGACGACGAAGAGGAGACGGACAACGGCCGCCGUCCUCCGGUUCACAACACACGAUCUCGCGCCAAGCAAAGUGGCGAAUCCAGCCAAUCCCGGAGACACAGCGAGAUUGUCGUCGAAGUCGAGUCCGAGUCUGAACCAGAAGCCGAGCCUGACCCAGAGCAGCGACCGGAACGGUCGCGGUCGUCCAAGUCCAAGAAGCCUUCCCGCAGCUCGUCGUCUGCCAAUCCUAGACGCAAGUCGGCUGGACCUAGCAGCACCAGUGCGCCCAGCUCACACACAAGCCGUCAGCGAAAGAGGAAAUAG